CGCGGUGUGCCAUGAUACGUACCACAUGUACUGCGUGCGACCCGUGUUAACGAAGAAGCCCGCCCGAGGGUUUGCUUGGGCCUGCGCAGCAUGCAGCCGAGCCCAGGAGCGGAAGCUGGAGGCCCGGAAUACCCCGAUUCUCGGGGAAAGUCAGCCGCCAGAGCCCGAAGAAGAGGUCAUCGAAGAAGAGGAGGAGGAUCCGAAAGCGGUGGUCAACGGUACGGCCGCCAGCACUCCGGUCCCGGUCCAGGAAGAGGCCGUUCGCCCCGCUACCGAGGAGCAGACUGCCCAGGCCCGGAUGUGGCCGUAUCGCUACCUGGGCAUUCACUGCCGAGUCGAGGAUGCGCUGGAUUACGAUGACCGGAUCUAUCCGCGCGCCAGCUCCCGGUUGGGGCCUCGGCACCAGGCGGUCGUUGUCCCUUGGCACGGUCGCCCGGUGGAGUACGUCAAGCCGCUCGAUAUCAAGAAGAAAUACAUGCGAAGCUCCGGAAGCCGCAAGGAUUCCAGGCUGUCCAAGGAGGCCCUUGCGGCGAUUGAAGCGGCCAAGAAGGAAAAGGCAAAUCGGCCGAACUGGGUCAUGGAUGAACCUCCCGGUUUCAUUCGACGAGGCGAGGACGAGCCUGUCCUCAUCAACGGCAAGCCCACUCGCACCGCUGAGCUAUUGUUCAAAAUGCCCACGGCAUCCCAGAUCCCGUCCCGCGGGGAGGAUGAUGCGCCGGGUGCGGAGCUCAGCCCGGAGGACCGAGAAAAGUUCAUGGACGAGUACAUGACGCGGGCCAAGGCACUGGCACCGAGCUUGGGGGUGGAGGAUUACUCCACCAACUUCUUGGAUAAAGCUCUGGAACUUCUCUACUCCAACAGCUUCAACGCCGACGCCGCCCUCGCGAAGCUCAAGCAGGUCCACAAGCACAAAGAUCUUAAAGAACCCUAUUUGCGUCCCGAGGAGGUGAAAGCGUUUGAACAGGGGGUUGCGAAGUACGGAUCGGAACUGCGGUAUGUGUCGAGACACGUCGGAACGGUGCCGCAUUAUCAGAUCGUGCGAUUCUAUUACAUGUGGAAGAAGUCGCCCCGCGGGCGACAAAUAUGGGGCAACUACGAAGGACGGCGAGGCAAGAAGGAAGCCCGGCGGCACAGCUCCGCGAAGCUUGUGGAUGACGUGGCCGACGAUAACGACGACUCUGCAUACGACAACGACAAAGCCGCCGCAAUCAAGCGUGGAUUCCAGUGCAAAUUCUGUUCCACGCGGUCGUCGCGGCAGUGGCGACGUGCCCCCGGUAUACCGCCCGGUACGACGACGCCGAGCGAGCCCUCGUCGAAGAAGGACAAAGGACCACCGCUCAACGUCGCCCUUUGCUUGCGCUGUGCGUUGCUGUGGCGGAAGUAUGGGAUCCAGUGGGAAAGCGUGGACGAGGUGGCCAAGAAGAUCGCGCAGAGCGGUAACAAAUCGUGGCGCCGGCGCGUCGACGAGGAGCUUUUGACGCAGCUCCUCGUUUCCACCGAGACCCCGAUCAGCAUCAACAGUGCCACGGCCGCAACCGCCGCAUCAAUCGGGGUUCCGGUGAACGUGAACCCUCAAGUGCAACAGCAACAACAACAGCAGCAGCCGCCGCCGCAGCAGCCACAGCAGCAGGAACCCAACAAGAAAAAGCGAAGUGCUCCUGAGAAAGACAGCGCAGCAACCUCGACGGCCACGUCGGUGGAACCGGCGCCGAAGAAGAAGCCGCCCCCAGAGAAGGCCCCCGGGCCUCCGCCGCCGAUUGUUCCGGAUCCCCCCCGGGCCAAGACACUGCCCUGUGCCAUCUGCAACCAGAUGGAGCCGUUGGGGGAUCAGCACCUGUCUUGCCGGGACUGUCGCCUGACCGUCCACCGGAGCUGCUACGGUGUGAGCCCGGAGAGAAACUGUGCCAAGUGGCUGUGCGACAUGUGCUCCAACGAUCGAAACCCGAUGAUCUCGACUUGCUACGAAUGCGUUCUAUGUCCGGUCGCCUGGACUGAGCACGAGCUGAUGGAAGCCCCGAAGUCCACGCACCGCAAGAAGUCGGAACGAGACCGCGAGAAGGAGCGUCUCGAGAAGGAGAUGGUCAACGAGGCCAUCAAGCUCUACCGUCAGCGGCAGGAGGCCGUGGGCAAGCCGAUCGGCCCCCGAGAACCGCUGAAGAGGACGGCCGGGAAUAACUGGGUCCAUGUCAUGUGUGCGGUCUGGACGCCAGAGAUCAAGUUCGGCAACUCGAAAGAACUGGAGCCUGCUGAAGGGUUUGCCCAAAUUCCCAUGGACCGAUUCCGCGAGACGUGCAAGAUCUGCAAGUCCAACAAGGGUGCAUGCGUUCCGUGCCAUUUCAGCGGAUGCAACGCUCGAUUCCAUGUGGGCUGUGCGCAUCAAGCGCAAUACCCAUUCGGUUUUGAUAUCACCCCGGUCAAAAACUCGAGAAAAGAUACCGUCCAAAGCGUGCGGCUCGGAGAGGAGACGGGCGUGGCCGCGGCGGGUAUCUGGUGUCCCCACCACUCGGUCUCGUCGCCGGUCCAUGCCAUUGGUGAACCGACCGAGGAGAAGGGCACCAACGCCCUCAAGCGCUUUGCGGAGACUUACAAGCAGGCGGACACGUCCCUGAGUCGAGCCACCCGGCGGGCGGUGCAUUCACACCAAAACGCGUCGUCUUCCGGACACAAGCGGACUUCCACCGCCAAUGGCACCGCCACGCUACCUGCGACCGCGAGAGAUGAUGUCAAGAAUGCGAGAACAUCCCCCGAUGGUGCUCCGGAUCCGAUGAUGAUCGAUACUGAGAGUCAGACCGCGCUUCCCACCCCCGGCGCGGACGUGACCAGGAAGUGUGCUCGCUGUACCACCGCCUACAGCCCCCGAUGGUGGCCCAUCGAGAACUCGCGACGGGCCGGCAUGCUUGACCAUAGAGCGCCUCUGCUGAACGGGAUCGGCGGAAGCCCACCAUACCUCCAUCGCAACCCUUCGCAGCAUCCCCUCGCCAAGCUGAACGGGGAUUACAGCCCCGCCGACGCACUGGGCCCGCCCAUGUACGAAUGUCACAAAUGCCAUCUCAAAAAGAUCACGGCGCCGCCCCAGCCGUCUCCGGAACCUCGACCGUCUCCCUACUCGGCCCCGCGACCGGUCUUGCCCGCUCCUCGACUUCCUGAAUAUCCCAGCCAUCCGUUCGGUUCCCACGCCCACCCGCCGCAAACUCUCCCGCAACCGAUUGGCCCACCUCACGGUCGACCGGAGUGGUAUCCCGGAUACGAGCAACGCCCGAGUGACUUUGGAGACAACAAACUGCGCAAUGGCAUGCCGGCUCCUGGUUACCGUGGUGGUGUCCCGCCGCCGCCACCAGCGCCAACGCACCAUAUGAAUGGAUAUCAGCCGAGCCCUCCCCGCCAUGCUUCUCUGCCACAUUUCUCCACCGCGGCGCAUCCACCACCUCCACACCAAGCUUAUGCCACGCAUCAAAGCCCCUACGGGCCGGUGGCUAUGCCAUCGCCCCGCAUCUCCCACUCGGCGGGGCCUCGACCGUAUCCGCCGUCAGUGUCUCCACCGGAUGUGCAGGCAACAAUGGUGCGGCAUUCCCCUCAGCAUUCGCUGAGUGCUCUGAACGGUGGACCGCCACGUGUUUAUUCCGUGGACCGGGUUCUCAACGCGCCGACGCGGUCUCCACCGGUCUCGCAAGCGCGCAUCGACCCCCGAGGGAUGACGCCCCCCACCAAACUAGAGGAUGGCGGCCCGGCAGGCCCGAUGAGUAUUGGUCGGCAUCCUGGCACCACUGCGCCCAGUGGGGGAUCCGGGGCCAGUGCUAGUCCAUCGUUGAAAAACCUUCUUUCGUGAGCGGUAUGGCUGAAGCACGUGUCUUAUCUUUCUUUUUGUUUCCUGUUGCUUAGAAUAAUCCGAAUAAUCCGGAGAUGUAUGAUAAAUAUCUUUUCUUUUCUUUUU